AUGUCCAGAAGAUCUCUUCAAAAGGUGGAUAAAUGCAUUCAAGUUGAUAUGGACUUGAAUGAGGAGAAACCCGGUGCAGACCUAAACCUUUCUACAAUAACUGGCCUUUCCAAUAAGCCGCAGGAACCUCCAGGGAAUGCGUCACCUUCCCAGCAAGGUGUUUCCUCAUCCUCUCAAGGACAGUCUGCCAUGCCAGCUCUGCUACCACUGCUCCCACCCCCUCCACCCCUACCCCCUGGGAGUGAGGUGCCUCCUCCACCUCUUCCCAUGCCUGGCACAAAUGCCCCAUCGGUUCCACCUCCCUGGCCAUGCAGUAAUCCAGAAUGUAAUCAUCUUACUUGUGGUUAUGGGGAGAAGCUCCACCCUAAGAAGACACCAACUCUGAAGAUGAAGGUUUUUCACUGGCAGAAGCUUCCCUCUGAUGUGGUGAGACAAAGCUGCUCUAUGUGGGCUGUGAUGGAAGGCAGCAGCAAAGAGCUCAUAGAGCCGGACUACAAAAGCUUGGAGCUACUUUUCUGUGUCCCACCUAAGAAGAAAACUGGGCCAAAAAUAAAGAAAUCAAAAGAGAUCACAUUUAUAGGUCCAAGGAAAAGUCUCCUUCUGAAUAUAUUUCUGAAGCAGUUUAAGUGCUCUAAUGAAGAGAUUGUUGCCCUGAUUCAGAAAGGAGAUAGCUCCAAGUUGGAUGUUGAGUCACUGAAGCAGCUACUUAAACUGCUGCCUGAAAACCCUGAGAUAAACAGCCUGAAAUCUUGCAAAGAAGAAAAAUCAGAACUAGCAAAUGCCGAUCAGUUUUAUCUCCACCUCUUGGAAGUUCCUAGCUACCAGUUGCGGAUUGAAUGUAUGCUGAUUUGUGAGGAAACAAAAAUUCUUCUGGAGUGUCUGUGGCCAAAAGCACAAGCCGUCAGAACAGCCUGCGAAACACUUCUUACCAGUCAUCGACUGCCAGUUUUCUGCCAAUUGAUUCUUAAAGUGGGAAACUUUCUGAAUUAUGGACAUCACACUGGAGAUGCUGGAGGUUUUAAAAUUAAUGCCUUGCUCAGACUAACAGAAACAAAAGCAAACCAAAGUCAUAUUACUCUGCUUCACCAUAUUUUGGAGGAGGCUGAAAAAAACCAUACAGAUCUGCUGCAGCUUCCCAGAGAUCUUGACUUUGUUUCCAAGGCAGUGGGAAUCUCCUUCGACGCCAUGCGGGCUGAGGCAGGUGCCAAUUUGAAGAAACUGUUGGAAAUAGAGAAGCGUUUAUUUUUGUCUACAGAUGAUUUAAAAAUACAGUAUGCAAAAUCUGUUCAAGGCAGUCUCGAUGCUUCAAAGGACCUGCAGAAGGAGUUUGCCAUCAUUGAAAAGAAGAAGGAAGAACUUGCUGAUUAUCUUUGUGAAGAUCGAAAAAAAAUGUCUUUGGAAGACAUAUUUGGCACAAUGAAAACCUUCAGAGAGCUCUUCCUCAAGGCUUUACAGGAAAAUCAAGAGAGGAAGGCGCAAACCGGAAAGUCUGAGAAAAGGAAGAAACAGCUUAAAGGAGAAGAUGCAAAGAGGCUGAAAGGAGAGUAUGGAAAUUAAUUCUGGUUUUAUUAGCCAGUCUUUUGUCAGUUAGGAGGAAAAUAUCUCUUUAGCUGUGGAUGAUCUAAUACAAUGAGAGUGAGUUUUCCAUGGAUUAUGUUGUUGUUGACCAGAUAGUAUAGUAAGACAUCAAUGUGCAAGCACAUCUGAAUGCUUGGAAGAAAUCAUGCCGGGGAUGUUAGUAAAAAUAUCACUUCCAAUGAGUAAGUUACUACCACUUUGCUUAGAGGUGGGUCAUAUCCUGCUAUUGCUCUGAAUGGCUGCUGGAAGACUUUUAGGGAUGUAGAAAUUUGCAUGUACUUGAACUUCGACCUGUACUGUAUCAUUGUGGUAGGCAAGUUGUGUCAGAUUUUACUGUUACCAUAACAUUUCCUUUUUUUCUGAUUAGAGGUCUGAUUCCUUAAAGGGUUAUGUGUGUGCUUAAAAAAGCAUCUGUGCUUUUAUAUCUAACUGAUAUAAAUGCAGAAAAGCAUUUGCUGUGCUGGGUCUACGUGGGUAUGAGGCAUUUCUAGUGCUAAGAUUGCCAUGUGUAUAUUUUAAAAUAUUAUUUUGGCAAAUACUUGACAUCCACUUUACUUUAAGGUUUCUGCCAAUAACAUUUGGUUAUGAUUCUUGGUUCUUCAGAGAAACACUGCAAAAAUGGCAUUAUUAAUUGCUGUAAAUAUUACAUCAGGUGCUCACCCUUUGGAAGACUCUGGUUUUUCUUGUGUCUGGUGUUUACACAAAUGGCCUUAUCUUAGUUCCUCUUCCACAGUUACUCAUCUCUAGAAAUACAUUUUUUAAAUACAUAAAAUUAAUUGAAAGCUGUCCAAAACAAAGUUUUCAAUAUUGUUGAGCAAGCUGUACUGCAAAUACAUUUUAUCUACUUUGCAAUUGUAAUGUGCUUAAUGUAAAGCUGCAGGUUAAAACAAUAAAUGCUUCUGCUGUAAAUACAGAAAAGUAACUUAGUAUUUGGUAAAAUAAAAUUAUAAAGUGACAUUCAGCUUUAGGAUUAAAGGUGUGCUUCAACCCUGUGAGGAGAAGGAGUGCCAGACCAAAAGAACCUUCUGCGCUUCCAAACCACAGAUUAGGUAUAACUGUUGUAAUUUUUGGUCCUUUGCAAGAAGAUGGAUUUAAUUAUUGGGAUAUAAACUUAAACAUAAGAGAGCAUUUAGACUCUGAAUUGGUUUUCAGUACUUAUUUAAGAAAACUGUGAGUAGCACUGUUGACAAUGAGAAUCAGGCAUUUAUUAAUCUAUUUUUAUCUGCAUCAGGAUAUGGUGACAAAAUAUAGAGGGUAUCAGCUCUGGCAUGGCAGGAUGUUGAAGCUCAUCUUAACAAUUAGUCUAUGUAUAAAACUUUUCUUGAUGAUAUAAUUAAAUUAAGUAACUGUGCGUUUAUUUUCUGAAGGAGGGAAUGAAAAGAUAGUAUAGCUAGUAAAACCCUCUUAGCAUGUGCUUACAGGAUUAUCAAGGCCUGGUUCCACAAAGAAUUAAGUACACCUUUAGCUUUGCAGGUAUCUCCCUUGAAGCCAGCAAUAUACAGCACGAGGAGUAAUCCUGUGCAUAAAUCUUUUCAGGCCCCAAUCCUACAGCCUCUGAAUCUCUGACCUUAACUCCAGUCACAUGCUCUGUCAGUGGCAAUAUCUGGUUUAUCCAGUUGUCUGAGGAUCAUUUCUCUGCAGCUGACAGAUCCGCACGGACAGCACACGGCAGCAAAGUCUCUCAGAGCAGGCAAUAACCUUGCUCUCUAGAGUUCAAACAGAAGAGGUGAAGGCAGAAGCAGUCAUCAUUGAUGCAUUAUUAGCAGAUUACAAGGGAAGGCUUGCAGCUACUGAAAACUGCCACGAACUAAGUUGAGUCAGAAAUAGUUAACAAAAUUCAGAUGUAUGCCAUGAUUAAGAGAACGGAGCGAUAUCCUACUUGAUUCCAUGUAUUAAAAACAGCUUUCCCACAAAUGAAAUUUAAGAUAUAACCUCCUAAAAAAGUUUGGUGACAAGCUUCUGCUGAUUCCAAGGAAUCAUACAUCUAGGGGGUUGGGUUUUUUAACUCCUCUGAACAUGUUUCACACACGUAUUUAUAUUAAUUUUUUCCUAUGCUUGCUGAUAGACUAAGGAGCUAUCCUGUUUUAUUUUCCUCAGCUUCUUUUACAGCACCUUCCAUUGCUGGGCAUUUAAAUUCUUCAGGCAAACAGUAUGAGAUACUUGCAAAGGCCAAUUCUAUAUGUUACUUCAAGAAAAAAUAACAUAUUAAAAUAUAUUGUAAUACAUGUGUGUUAUCUCAAGAGAAAUAACAUAUAGAGGUUUCUUUAGCUAACGAAGUGGAAAAAUGAUCUGCUUCUAAUGCAAAUUUGGGGCAUAGCUAAUUAUCAAAGUAAGAAACAGAACAAACACUAUUAAGAAAUGAAAAUGUGCAGUUAAUUAUUGAGGAUUUAUAUAUGUAGCUUUAAUACUGUAACUGGAGGAGAAAACGAAAUGGUACUAAAAGACGAAGAGCAAGUAAAGUUUGAUGAACAGUACAGGAGUUCCACAGUAUAACUACCAUUGCUGCAUAUAGAAACCAACUGCAAAAGCAGACACUCCCUCCCAGUCCAAUUUCGUUAGUGGAUAUAUUCAGCGUCAAAUACAAGAGCUUUUUUCUGGCGAAAUUCUUAUUGUUUGUACUUACAUGGGAAUUAAUUAUUUCACUGUAAGUAACAAACAUAUAUGAUAAACUGUCAUCAGCAUAAACUGGUCUUGCAAAAGCAUCUAGUCUUCAAGAGCUGGGGAUAUAAGCAAAUAUUCUGCUGCUGAAAGC